UCAAUGCAAACUUUUCAUAAACUAAACCCAAAACACUAAUCACUAAAUCCUAAAAUGAAAUAUAAACCUUAAUCUAAAUAUCAAAAUAUGCACAUAGUAUAUAAUAUGAAGCAUUAUCAAAAUAGAAUAGUAACAAGCGAAAUAACAUAGUAUAUAUUACUUUUUAAAUUUUAAAAUGUCCAUGAUUGCAAAGAAUGAGGUUAUGCUUAUCCCAAAAUUAUCUCAAAUCUUUCGUUAAACUAUAUCCAAAACACUAACCACUAAACCAUAAAAAAAAAUAUAAAGCCUAACCUAAAUAUCAGAAUAUGCACAUAGUGCAUAAUAUAAAAUAUUAUCAAAAUAGAAUAGUAAUAAACGAAAUAACAUAGUACAUGUUAUUCAAAUAACAUAGUACAACCGAAAACUUACAUGACAAAUGAGGGCGACUUAACCGCGUAAUGCCAUCACGAUCUGUAGAUUUCAGAAGCAGAGACGACAUAUGUAGUAAAGAUUAUGGAUCUGAGUUGGUAGUGAUGGCUAUGUCUAUGGUAGCUCAAUGCUGAAUGUGAAUAUGAAUGAGAUGAUAAUAAUUAUGAAAAAAUGAGAUAUUGAUUAUAGAAAAAAAUAUUGACUAAAGACAAAAUAAAUACAAAACACAGAUUAUAAUUUGUGAUGAGAGUGACAGAAGAUAAGGCGGUGGAGAUAGAAGAAGAAUGGUGGUAGAUGAUAAUCGAAGAAGAAGAAAAAUAUGUUUUCUCUUUCUUUAACCGGUAAACAAAAGGGUAAUAUAGUAUAUAUUUCAUAAAUAAUGAAGGUACUUUAUUUUUUGGUUAUACAGUUAAUUAUGAAUUGUUUUGUAGCUAUACAGCCCAAUUUCCCUUUAUUUUAUUAAUUGAAAACAAAAUAACAUGCUACCCACACACACACACUCUUUAUCUCUCUACUCUAGCUCCAAAGCGUAAGGGGGACACAACAUGGGUGCUGCGUCAUCUACCAGAAAAAGAAAAGAUUAAUUUAAUCUAAUGUCAGUUGAGUUGAAUCGUCGACGGAUCUAACCUCCUUCUCCAGAUCUCCAUUUUAGUAGGCGUGCCAAAUCUCUGUCACACCUUACUUUAUUAAGCAACAAACCAAUGUUGACUUCACCUUCACAUUCUCGAUAAUGGAGUCAACCAUUGCAGAUUCGAUUUAACAUCUAGCUAGAUCCCGAUGAAACGAUCCGUCCGGCCUCUCUUCAGCGCCCUCCUCUUCUGCUUCCUCGCCGCGACGCUCAUCUGCAGAGUCGCGAUCCGCCGGAGAAGCUUCUCCUUCAGCUCGGCGAUAGCCGAGCUCGGCAGCACGUCGGGAUUCGUGACCGCCGAGGAGGUCGUGUUCAACGAGACGCUGCUCGAGUUCGCCGCCGUCGAUCCCGGAGAGCCGAAGUUCAGCCAGGAGGUCGAUCUGAUCUCCGAUUACGAUAACACUCGGAGAAGCCACCGCCGCUACUUCAGCUCGAUCGACACCCCCCGCCGCCGCGGCGGUGGAAGCAGCAGAAGAUACGUCCCUUCAAAGUUUCCGGUAACGACGCUUCGCUCCUCCCUUCAGGUCUCUCGUUACUGGUCAGAGUUUAGAAGAAACCUUAGGCUAUGGACUCGUACCAGAAAAGCUUACGAGCCUCACAUAAUGCUAGAUCUGAUCCAACUAGUCAAGAACCGGAUCGAUUCUAAACAAAACGGCGUCGUUUCGCUCUCUAGAAGAUACUCGUCUUGUGCGGUGGUUGGUAACAGUGGUACAUUGCUGACUAGCCACUACGGUGACCUCAUUGAUAAACACGAGAUAGUGAUCCGUCUCAACAACGCGAAAACGCAGCGUUUUGAGAACAAGGUCGGAUCCAAAACGAGCGUAUCUUUCAUAAACAGCAACAUUCUCCACCAAUGCGCGAGGAGAGAGCGUUGCCACUGCCAUCCUUACGGAGAAACAGUCCCCAUCGUCAUGUACAUCUGCCAGCCGAUUCAUUUAUUGGACUACACCGUCUGCAAACCCUCUCAUCCCUCUCCUCUGGUCAUCACGGACCCGAGAUUCGACGUCCUGUGCGCUAGGAUCGUGAAGUACUACUCUGUCAAGAAGUUCUUGGAAGAGAGUAAGAGAGCGGGAGGGUUUGGGGAUUGGAGUAAAAGUCACGAAGGUUCUUUGUUUCAUUACUCGUCGGGUAUGCAGGCGGUGAUGCUCGCGGUGGGGGUCUGUGAGAGAGUUAGCGUAUUCGGGUUCGGGAAGUCGAAUUCGACCAAGCAUCAUUACCAUACGAAUCAGAAAACAGAGCUGAAGCUUCAUGACUAUGAAGCGGAGUACAGAUUGUAUCACGACCUGGAGAACAAUCCCAGGGCGAUUCCUUUCUUGCCGAAAGCAUUCAAGAUCCCUUCGGUGAAAGUUUACCAUUGAGUAUAGUGUAUAACCGUUGAAAGAAGUUUUGUCAGAGAGAAGCUUGUGCUCUGUCACUUUAGGGUACGAGUGUUCUAUACAAUUUGGAUUUGUCAUGUCACACAUAUUGAUGAAAAUGUAUGGUAAAUUUUAGAAGAUAUUCUUACA